AUGAAAAGAAUACUUCGACAACUGGAAGCAAUGGAUGAGUGUUUGGAGCAUUCAGGCAUUGAAAUUAUUAUCGAAAGUGGAUUGCCAAUUUGGAUAUUGAACAAAGUUUACCAAAAAAAAGGACCAGGAGUUCUGGUCGGUCACCAGACUCCGAAAAGAAGCCAGGCCUCUAGUGGUGGGUACCAACGAAAAUCAACCGAAUCGAAGUCGAACCACGAACGACGCGGCACUAGAGGAGAGACGUCUACUUUGAAGGCAAUCAAGCAGCCCAAGCCAAACGAUAGUAAAAGGAUCACAAACUCAAGGAAAUAUCCUGAAAGUGAUAAAAUACGAAGACCUUGUUCAUUUGCAAAGACGAUCAUUGGGAUGACGAAUGUCAAAUCUACCAAACAGCAAAGCAACGAAUGCAGCAUUUGGAAACAAUCGAGGCGUACCUGA